GAAGCAAUGAAAGUUAGGAUGGAAAAGGUGUUUUUGCUGCUAAGCCUCUUUCCCUUAGAUCGUCCAUCGUGGGAAAGCACUCUUUACAGAUGCCUCCCUCCAAGAAAGGGAAAGCUAAAAAAAACUCAACUGAGUUAACUCAGUCACCGGCGCCGGCAGUUUCGACUCCCAAAUUUCCAGCAUGUAUUCGUGCCGUUCCUCCUUCUUCCGUCGCCAUCACAAUCCAUGCCAAGCCAGGCUCCAAACAAGCCACCAUAACUGACUUGAAUGACGAUGCAGUUGGUGUCCAAAUUGACGCACCUGCUAAAGAUGGUGAAGCUAAUGCUGCACUUGUCGAUUAUAUAAGCUCCGUGGUUGGGGUCAAAAAGAGACAAGUUUCUAUAGGUGCUGGGUCGAAAUCCAGGGAUAAGGUCAUCAUCGUGGAGGAUGUGACUUUACAGAGUAUUUUUGAUGCGCUAAACAAAGUUUUGAAAGAUCAAUGACUGAAACUACUGACCCAUGGUAUCUUCAUGUGGUAUUGGACCAGGCACUACUGGAUCAAAAGAAAAGAAUUUUCUUUUGACAAGGCACAACUCAAGAUUCUUGUUAGCAACUACAAACAUGCAUCAUCAGAUUUCUAACUCUGAUUGUGUAUAUAUUACGGGCCAACUAUGCAAGUACUAGAGAAGCUCAAUUGCUCUUGCCGGAUUCAGCUUCUCAUUCAUACCUUUAUUAAAAUGUUUUCUGCUUUGACGUGAACAGGCUUAUUAAUCAAUUAUGUCUUAGCCUUAUGGUGGCAAAACAAAAGAACGGCCUUUUCAUAUUUGUUUCUAAGAUGAAUGUUCUAAGUUGUAGCUUUGCCUUGACGAAUUGAUUAAAGAUCUUUUCUGAAGAACCUUAAACUGGAA